UGGUGAGGAGGGGAGGAGGGUCAGACGGCUGGUGAGAGAGGCAGAAAGGGUGUGUUUCUCCCUCACUGCAGCAUCCGUCAAGGCUUCACCCAUUGGAUGAGACGAACAGAGAGAAAGACAGAGGAGAAGCAGAGAAUAAGGCGUGUCACCGUACCACAAGAUAGGAGCCUGUCUUCUGUCCAGAACCUUCACGAUACCUGUAAAGCCCUCCCUUCAUCUGGUGCUCAUCUCAGGACAGCAGAAGUGUGCGGAGUCAGGCGCGACCUUCAUCUCCAGUGUCGGGACUCGAGUGUGUGUUCAUGCAGUGGCUGCUGGUUUGAUGCACAAUGCCUCUCGCGCAGCAUCAGCCGGCAGGUAGAAGAGGGCGGAACAGGACACAUCUUCAUCUGCUGCUCCUCUUCCUCAGUGUGCUUCAAACACAGGGACAUAUUCAGAUCCCUCCAGAUUACACAUAUAGCAACCUCAAAGAAGCUCCAAAGAUCACGGCUCAACCCGAGUCUCAAACCGCUUUCUCUCUGGAUGACAUCGAUCUGGCCUGUGAGGCGACUGGAAACCCGAAGCCCAGUUUCCGCUGGGUCAAAGAUGGCAGCCAGUUUGGGGAGGUUCUGCUGGAGUCUGGAAGCCUGACAGCGGAUCCAGAUGAGGAUCUGAGAUCGUAUCAGGGCUCGUACCGUUGCUAUGUGGCGAACGAGCUGGGAACAGCUGUCUCAGACCUGGUGCACCUGAUCACGGAGUCCAUCCCAACAUUGGCCAAAGAGAAGAAGCAGAAACGAAGACAGUUUGAGGAGGGAGAAAGUACAGUCCUCUACUGUAACCCCCCGAAGAGCUCUGUCGCUCCCAAAAUACACUGGAUGGACACUCAGUUGCACCACAUUCCUCAGAAUGAGCGGGUGACCAUGAGUCUGGACGGAAACCUGUACUUUGCCAACUUACUACUCAAUGACAGCAGAGAAGACUACACCUGCAAUGCCCACUACAUCAAGGCCAGCGUCAUCCUGCCUAAAGAGCCCAUCGCCAUCAGCGUCACAGCCUCAAAUUCAGUGGCGAAGAACCGGCGGCCCCAGCUGCUCCAGCCCACAGGAUCCCACAGCUCUUAUCUGGUGCUCCGGGGCCAAACGCUGACUCUAGAGUGUAUCCCUGAGGGCCUACCGACUCCAGAAGUGCUGUGGGAACGGAUGGACAGCCCUCUCUCUUCCAGCCGUGUCAGGAUGCUGAAGUACGGCCGCUGGCUGCAGAUUGAGAGCGUGUCGGAGGCUGAUGAUGGCGAGUACGUCUGCACUGCCACAAACAGCCAGGGCUCCGUCACGCAUCACUACGCUGUCACAGUCGAGGCUGCUCCUUACUGGACCAAGUGGCCUGAGGACCACCUGUACGCCCCAGGAGAGACUGUGAGACUGCACUGUCAGGCUGAUGGGAUACCAACCCCAAAUGUCACAUGGAGUAUCAAUGGAGUUCCUAUCACAGGGACAGAUUUGGACACCAGACGGCAUGUGAGUUCUGGGACACUGAUCCUGACCAACGUUCAGUUCAGCGAUACAGCGAUUUAUCAGUGCGAGGCCACCAAUAAACACGGCAAUAUUCUGGUCAACACACAGGUCCAUGUUGCUGCGCUGCCUCCUCAGAUCCUGACGGCGGAUGGGCUGGUGUACACGGCCACCGCAGGGAAAACCGUCCUGCUGGAGUGCCGAACCUUCGGUUCCCCGCGACCUAAAGUGGACUGGGAGAUUUUAGGCAAAGGUCCAGCUCACGCUAAUGCUAGAAUGUCUACGAUGGCUGAUGGAAAUCUUCAGAUCAGUAACGUGAGUGAAGAGGACAGCGGCUUUUACACAUGCUCAGUGAGAAACAGCAACAGGAGCAUCAGUGCUCAGCUGGAGGUCUUGAACAGAACUAAGAUUGUGGAGCCUCCCCAGGAUCUACAGGUUGUACGCGGAAAUGAUGUUGUUUUACAGUGCAAAUUUACAGUGGACCACAAGUUAAAACAUCCCACAAUUCAGUGGAAGAAGGACGGACAUAAGAUCUCUGCAUCUUCUAAUGAUGACAAGUACACUGAAGAUCGCGAUGGAUCUCUGAAGGUCACCGAUGUUCAGAUGAAGGACACAGGAAUCUACAGCUGUGAGAUCAGCACUGAACUCGACUCAGACAGCGCCACUGGCUCAAUCACCGUACAGGAUAUACCUGGUCCUCCUCACACUCUGGAGCUGUCUGAAAAGAUGGACCGUAGUGUCACCCUAUCCUGGAUGCCAGGCGCUGAAAACAACAGUCCCAUAUCUGAGUAUAUUAUAGAGAUGAAAGAGGAGCAGUAUCAAGCAGGAUCUUCCCGGUGGGAGGAGUUUAAGAGAGUUCCUCAUGACAUCAAACACCUGGAGGUCCAUCUGCAGCCGUACAGCACAUACCACUUCCGGAUCAGUGCUGUUAAUGGCAUAGGACGCAGCGUGCCCAGUCCUCCCUCGGACUCGUACAGCACCCCAGCUGCUAAACCUGACAUGAACCCGGAGAAUGUGACGACUGUGUCUAUUGAUCCAAACAGUAUGGUCAUCACAUGGAAGGAACUGGAGCGACGGCAAUUUAAUGGACCUGGCUUUAAGUACAAGAUCUACUGGCGUCAAUCUUCAGACAGAGAUAUACACUGGAAGGAAAGCAGCGUCUCAAAUCCUCCGUUCAUCGUGAACGACACUGGGACCUUCAUCCCCUUUGAGAUUAAAGUUCAUGCAGCUAAUGAGCUUGGUGCUGGACCAGAACCAGUUGCAAAGAUCGGCUACUCAGGAGAAGACAUACCUCUGGAAGCUCCAUCAAAAGUAACAGUCGAUGAGCUGAACAAAACUGCAGUCAUCGUUAGAUGGAGUCCAGUCAGCCCGGAAUCUGUCCGUGGACACUUGUUGGGCUACAAGAUCCAUCUGAGAAGGAAGGGCCCCAGAACUCACAGCCGACGAAGCCCGGCAAUGCGAUCUCAUGCCGCGGACAAGAACAGAGUGAUUGAGGUUCCUGCACACAAAGUGGAGGAGGUCGUGAGCAACUUGCACUUAUACUCGAACUAUACUCUGACAGUGGCACCUUUCAACAGCAGAGGUGAAGGUCCACAUUCAAUGGAGUAUCACUUUAGCACUCCAGAAGGCGCUCCCGGACCAAUUUCAUCCUUGACCUUUGAGAGCCCGUCUGAGACAGAGGUCACUCUGCACUGGGAAGCUCCUCACAAUCCCAACGGAGUGAUCACAGGAUACCUGCUGCAGUACCAAGAGAUUGUGCCUGGAAGCUCGAGCCCACAGCCGGUGGAGUCCAUUGAUCUGCCCACUGUUACUGAGUUCACACUGAAGGGUCUGAAUCCUCAGAGCCACUACCUCUUCUACCUUAGAGCACGCAACGCCGCUGGCGAUGGGGAGCCUAUAAAAAGGCAGGGCGCCACCCUAUUGGAUGGAGAACCACCAUCUAUAAUCAACGUGACUGCUGGAGAAACAUCGGUCAACCUCAGUUGGGUGCCAGGAGACAGACACCGUAACUUUGCCUUUAGAUUCCGUUACAUCCAAAAAAGUGAUGGUGGUGAAUGGGAAGAGUCGGAGCAGGUCAACUCCACACAGGCCUUCUAUCAGCUGCAGGGACUGAAUCCAGGUGUUUGGUACCACCUUCAGAUAUUGCCCGGAAACAAUUCCUGGGCUUUCCAAACGAAUGGACCAGCACUGCUCGAGUUGCCCAGUAGCUUUGCAACUCAGGGCUGGUUCAUUGGACUUAUCAGCGCCUUGAUUCUGCUGCUGUUGGUGCUGCUCAUUCUGUGCUACAUCAAGAAGAGCAAAGGAGGGAAGUACUCAGUGAAAAAAAAAGAGGAUGGUCAGGGGGACACUGUGCCCCGACCAAUGAAAGAAGGAGAGUUUGGAGAGUACAGAUCUCUGGAGAGUAUUGAGAAGUGCUCCACCGGUCAGCCGUCUGUCUGCGAGAGCAAACGCAGCAGUAGCGACAGUCUAGCCGACUAUGGAGACAGUGUUGACAUCCAGUUCAACGAGGACGGCUCCUUCAUCGGCCAGUACAGCGGGCGCAGGGAUCCACGCACUCACACCGGUCACGACAGCUCAGGCGCCACGUCUCCCCUAAAUCCCAACAUGCCUCCACCCAGCAUCAGCUUCCCCACUUCUGUGACAGGAAUUCUGGGGCCAAAUUAACACUCGCACGUCCUUGACCAUUUAAAUGAGAGGCACUGAUGGUAUUAGACAGGAUAUUGAUUUCAGGACAGACAGUCAUUAUCAUAUGACACGAGAAACAUCAUCCGUACACAAACCAUUGGCUUCACACUCACAUAACGACACACAUGCAUCCGACAGACACCAAUAAAGUGCAGGACAAUUGCUUAUAACAUUCCAUCCGAGCACUGAAAACUGUUUACAACGCUCACCUCGCUUCUUCCUAGUUUACAGCAAGCGAUGUCUGAACUGGAAGGUGUUCCACUAAGUUCUCUUGCUGAAUUUCGGUAGAAUAACUUGUGAUAGACUACAGACACAGUCAGGGGAAUACAGCCGUUCGAGAGCUCAGAACAGAUUUAGGCCUUGUUCACAUGCCGCUCAAAUGCGACUAGUUUUGAAAAUGGGAUCUGUAGGAGUGACUUCCAGCACUGUCUUUUUCUGAAUCCGAUUGUGUAAAGAGCGUAGUUAAUAUUUACUCUAUCUACAGUGCAUCGGUUACUGUAGGAAGUAACGUAAUAACGUCUAGCAGAUGUCAGCACUGCAGCUUCUACUGUGCAACAAAAAAGAUAAUGUUGACAAGACACUCCGAUAUAUGAGACAGCUCACUAUUUAGUGAAAAGGUAAUCAGAAACAAGUGAAUUUGAUCACUUUUCCACACAAACAAAGAAUGAAAUUGAAUUUGACAGAUUUGAAUUGGCUUUGUAACAAGUACUGUUUAGUUUUUCACUGUUCAGGCUAAAGAUUUGAGUCAGAUGCAGCAAAACGAACAGAUUUCUGCCGCGUCUCUGAACAAUGCCUUAUGUAGACAACAUGAGCUAGAAUCACUGCGAUGUUCCUGUACGAUCACAGGCAACACGAGGCUGAAAAGAGAAAAUCCUUUGACAUUUCAUUAUGAUUUGAAGGCAUUCUUUUCCCAUUUGAGUUUAAAAAAUGUUAAAAUUUGUUAGUAUUUUUUGAGUUGUAUUCAUGUGUAUGUUCUUAUUUUUUGUACGAAAUACAUGCAUAUAUUUUAUUUCAUAGAGGCUAAUAUAUUUUGGUUUAUAUAUCAUCAUAUUAUUUAUUAUUUUUUUUAUCUUUACAUUUUUUUUUGUGUGUAAUUUUUGUAUCUUUACAUUUUUUAUUCAUGUUUUAUAAUACAGUAUGUGCGAAAAAUUAUUCUACCAUGUGUGUGUCUCUCUGUGUCUUAAUAAUCAAAGUUCAGGGCUUUUAAAUGUGUAUCAUAUUUGUAUUGUUGCCCAAGUGUGUUACCCAAGUAAGCUUUUUAAAUAAUGGUGUUUUUGAUGCAAUUUAUUAUGUUAAAUCCCUUUGAAGUACAUACAGCCGCUGCACUAAAGCCAAAUUUUGUGAUUUUGACACUAACAUAUUUUUAAACUUUGAAUUGAUUUCCUGCAGCAGAUAACAGCAUGAGAUGUAGUGCUAGGCUAGUUGAUGUAGUGUGAGGCUGUGCCUGCUGUUCUCCUGUAACGCUGAGGCUAAACCCAGUCGUGUUGCCUUACAGAGUUUGAUAACUCCCGUGCUUGAGUGUCUGUGACAUCAGUCUAUCAGCUUGCAAAUAAUAACACUCAAGCAGUGCAAAUUAUGUACAGUAAAUUAUUACUAACAAUAACAGUCAUACAAUAUAAUCUAUCACACAUUUGUCUAACGUCAUCAGUUUUGUGGGCAUUCUUUGAAAUAUAUGUAGUCGGGCUGUUCCUGUCUGCAUCUAGUGUAUUAAAGGAAAUGGCCUGAUGGGAGUGAGUUCAGCUUAUGAUAAAUAGACACAAAUCGAAGAUGUAGAAACGAACAUAUUGAUGGUUCAUAUUCUGAAUGUAAGUAAUCUUUUACAAUUAUCGUUUGGUAUGUUUUUACUUUUAAUAUCUUUAUUAUUGUUGUAUUUAUACCAUAUCCAUGGUCUCAUGCUCAAUUAUAGAUUUAGAGCAUUUUUCCCCCCAGUCUUAUUUAUUAUCACAAUUAAUCUGACCUUUAGGUUAGAAGCCAUUAGAAAACAGGUCAGAAGUACAAUGCAAUUUUUUAUUCUACUUUUUCUGAAUGACAAUAUUGUUGUGAAUAUGUAUGGAAUUAUCAUUAAGUGCAUUUGCUGGGAAGAGCAGUGACAAUGUCAUUAUGGGCUUACUAUAGUAUAAUGACAUCAUCACAAUGUCAGACCAUGGUACAUGUUACCAAUACUUAUUAAAUUUGAUUUCAUAGUAUUUUAUUGAUAUCGUUCUAGAGCAUUUUCUGGCUCUAUCCAAAGAGCAGAAACAUCUUCAGACUGUAAUUAUGGUUGAGUUCACUACUUAAUAACAUUAUUUGUAUUUUUUAACAUAUGCCUCUCAUACACCAUCCUGAAUUGUACUGAUCAAAGUCAUGCUGCGACCGCCUGGUUAAAAUCAGAAUAUUAGGAAUAUUUACAACAAAUGUAUGUAACCUGUGUACGCAUUAAAAUCUAUUUUCCUACGAAAAGAACGAGUAAAACGGGUGGAAGUGCAGUGCAUGGCUUUAUUUGAACAGCUGUAAAAGAGCUCAAGUGAACCCACACAGUGAGCACGUCACCAUCCUUCCCAGCUUUAUGGGAUAUCUUGAUAAUGUAUGUAACCUUCUCUUACCUCUGCCUUCUAUUUGUAAAUUUACGCACUAAAACAACAAUAAAAAGGUAGUCAGAGUGGUAUUUCAAACAAAAACUGCCUCUAUGUGUAAAAUCUAAACUCUGAUGAGAGAUAAGUCAUGCUGGACUGUAUCUGUAAUGUAGCGGGAAUAUAAUGAGUCAAGUAUGGAGCUUGUCAGCGAUGCUUCUUUAGCCCCUGUGCUGUAUGUAAAAAUACAAUAAAAUAAAAUUGAUUAUGCAGAAAAUAAUGUGUAACACGUUUU